AUGGCCUACCAGGUUAUAUUCCUCAGCACCGACCAAUUUCCAACCCUGUGGCAUAACUUUAUCCUGCAGGUCUCCAACCCCGGUGGCUUGCUGUGUCCCGGCGCUGAGGAUCAAGCUAUGACUCGGGCUGGCCAACCGCCUGAAGAUAUCCGAGAAGCUGUGUCAAAGGCCCAGCUAGAAGCCUGUGGUGAACUAGGCCUCGUUUUUAGAACUGUUAUCACAUCCUCAAGGCGUCAGGCGACACAAAGCAUGCGUGUGAAGUCUAUUUUUAUCGUCGUCCUUACACCGCGCUUCGCCUCGUCGCUUAUUCGUUUAUUCCGACCCCAGCAUAUGCAAGGAGGACCCCAGCAGAACAACCGCAGCGGCUUUUCGAUAGACCAGACCAGAUAUCGACUUUCCACUGUCUAUUGUGCAGAUUUACACGCGGUGCCUGCUGGUUUAUCGCUGGAGACGAGUUCUGUUGUUUUGGCUGGCUCCCUCCCUCGCUUAACUAGCUAUCUAGAUAUUGUGUCCGCCGUUUGGCUGUCACAACAACAUAUCACUAUCCUCCAACCCCACGUCAGCAGGUUCCUGGGCUGA